CUAUGUGUGAGAUGAUAAAGAUCAUGCAGGAGUACGGGGAGGUGACUUGCUGCCUGGGCAGCUCUGCCAACCUGCGGAAUAGCUGCCUCUUCCUCCAGAGUGACAUCAGCAUUGCCCUGGAUCCCCUGUACCCAUCCCGUUGCUCCUGGGAGACCUUUGGCUAUGCCACCAGCACCAGCAUGGCCCAGUCCUCGGACAGCCUGUCUCCCCUGCAGCUGUCGGGGCAGCUCAACAGCCUGCCCUGCUCUCUGACCUUUCGCCAAGAGGAGACCAUCAGCAUCAUCCGACUCAUCGAGCAGGCUCGGCACGCCACCUAUGGUAUCCGAAAGUGCUUCCUCUUCCUGCUGCAGUGCCAGCUGACUCUCGUGGUCAUCCAGGUGAGGGGG